AUGCCCUUGCCGCGCCAGGCGCUGUCGGCCACGAUCGAGACCGACUUCCACCGGACAACUGUUGCCUCGUGGGAAAAGCUCUUGGCCGCGCCCCUAUUGGCCAGGUCUAGGUCGCGGUAUUUAUGGCACUACGAGUACGACGCGUACGUGCGCACGCAGCGGAGAACGGUGUGCGAUGAAAAGGUGUCCUCAUUCGCCAUUUACACCUUGAGAGCCGACGCUGCCAAUUCAGCAGUUGCUUCCCAUCAUCACAAGGCGCGCGUAGCGGAGGUGUCGGCCUUUUUCUACCAUGCGCCGCCCAUCGACGAGAAGGACGUCGGCUUGCCUGGAUUGCCGGCCUCUAACGUCAACCGCAUGUGCUCAGAUACUCAAAAGGUUCCACUGGAGUGCAGAGGGCCUGAGGUGCGUGCCAUGUUUCUGAAGCAGAUUGAGAAUGUCGGCGCGCGCACGUGGAUCCACGAAGAGCCCGAGAUCGUUGUCACGUGCUCCCACUUGGAGAUCUGGAUAUUCCCCACAGAUGCCGGUGGAGACCAACAGGGGGCUGAAGGAAUUAUCCAGAGGGAGUUCGACUCGUGCCCCUUUCGGUGGAAGCUGCGCAGUUGGUGCUUGCACCAUCAGCUGCACCUCGUGGCUGCGAAGAACGCUGAAGCUUUCUUCAAGACAGCGGGGAUGCGCGAACUGGCCGCCGUUCUGAAAGAAGUGUUCGUGGAGGGCGACGCCCCUCGCGUCGACGCCGAUGCCCUCGAGGAGGGCUACGGCGCGGAGGAGGCCCACGAUGUUAAGCUCGGCCGUUGGAUGCGCCAAACACUCCGGUCGGUGAGUGACAUCAGAUUUUGGCAGGUGCUGUACAUCAAGAGUGAGUCUCGCGCUCCGAUCACGGGGAUGCAUUUUUGGCCGCAGAAGUACACCACGGACAUCAACUGCGUUCUAGAAUUGGUGGUGCGGAAUAUUGCGGCGGACGAGGGGAAUAUAUUGGCAGAAGUAGUCUCCCAUGUGCUCGACGCAGCUGGCGGCUUCCAGCGGAGAUUCGUGGUCUGGAAAGACACGUUCCCGCGCCGCUUGGUACUUUUUAUUGCUGCGCGCCACGACGAGGACAGCGGCAUUCGAAGGGGCACCGCCGCGGCGAUGUUGGCAUUGACAGAGGAAGAGGCCCGCGCGGACGACCUGACUCACAAGUUCCGAACAUUGUUUGAGGCCGACAUUCAGGCGGCCAGAGAUAAUGGCACGUGCUCCGAGUUAAUGUGGGGAAUCGUCCGGGGCAUAUGCACGAUGCGGCGCAUUGACACUCGGGAGAUUGAAGGGCUCAACAACACGUUGAAGACCAUCGGCCGCAUCGCGCCGCGGAUUGGCUGGGAGCUCAU